AUGUGCCAAUAUGAUGAAAACGAUGAUGAUAAAUAUAAAUAUGAUGUUUAUAAUGAAGAUUGCUUAGAAAAUCGUACGCAUGAAGAAAAUUACAUUACAGAAAAUGAUGGGAAAGUAAAAACGGAAAUGUACGUUCCUGGUACUACAUAUAAAGAACUCACUAUUGCGGACGAAAAAGCUUCAUCAGACGAUCAUCAUCCAGGAUUCUUUCAAAAGGCUUCAACAAAAGUUCUUUUUGCUAUAGCCAUAAUAUUGGCCUUAAUUAUUGGGAUCAUAUUAAUUUACUAUAUUAGGCAUACUAUUUGUCAUAUUCCACGUGAAAUUAGAGAAGUCGACCCCCCAUUAUCCAAGGAUAAUCCUUCAACAGGAAUUACCACACCGCCUCAUGUUCCGCCUCAAACGCCUCAAAAGUCUCAAACUCCUCUUCAAUCAACAAUAAGUUCAAGCAGCACGCUAGAUGAUACGCAAAACACAACAAAUGAUGAUGAGAGAAUUACAAUUAAUUAUAUAGACAAAUAUGAAGGUUCUUCACAAGAAUCCGUAUCAAGUUCGCCUCGUGGAAGGCCUCCUUCUUUAGACGACUCUACUAAAAAUGAUCCUUUACACCCUCGAUCUCCUCCAGAAAUUCAACAUCCACCUCCACAAAGUAUACCACAUGAUACAUCUGAUGACAUCGUGAGACCAUUACUUCACAUGGGAUCGCAAAAUACAAAUCCCGAACCCUUACUUCCUAUUCAACUUCCAAAUACACGUGAUUAUUAUUCCCCCCCAAGGACAAUUGUGGUUGAACCUACGCUUGUUCAUCAUGGUAGACAGGGAAGUGAUACUUCAUAUCAACAUCAGCAUUCACCAUUAUCGGGAAAUCCGCGGCCAGAUUCAUCAACUCUUGAGGCUCCAACCGAUAGUACCGGCCCUCCGGCACCAGGAAUUCCUCCUUCUAGAUCACAAUCUCGACGUGGACGUUCUCAUCGAGGACAAUAA